UCCAUAGACACAUUCCACACCUGAAACUUUCAUCACGUCACAUCACAGCAUCAAGUAAUAAGAGAUGUUACAUCAUUCAAGCCAACAGUGAUCUAACUAUUUAAAACGCUAAGGUAAUAUGGAGCAAACUAGGGGAUUUAUUCAUUUUGAAACAUGAUUGUUAUUACAUCAGCACAUUCAAGUCAUACAUGUUGCAACUUCCAUCUAUUCACAUAAGUGGAAUCAGUGAAUCAGUGUCACAUCAUUUGAGAGAUAAUGGUUGCAAUGGUGGUAUCAACUUGAUUGAUUCAUCUGUAACAAGUCGAAACACAGCUUAAGCUCCUAGGAAAUUAAUGCAGGUUGCAAGACCUGUUAUAUGUUAAUUUGAGAAGGGGUUGGGCCAGGACGAUGCUUUAAAAUCAAUCAGCACUAAGUCACCUGUCACUGUGCAUUUUCCUGUCUUUACAUCUACUAUUUUAAGAGAGAAAGUUCUGGAAAGAUGACAGCCGACGUGAAAAAAAAUGUUUAUAAGGGAGUGGACCUCCACUGUCAGACCAACAACACUGAACACCACACCAGUGAAAUCUCUGUGGAUCGGCUGAUUGUGAGGCGAGGCCAGCCCUUCACCCUGACCCUAAAACUGACGCAAUGUUUCAACCCGGACCUUUACCCGCUCAACAUCGUCGCAAUGACAGGAAAACACCCGUCUGAUGUUCGGGGGACGAUGUCAUUCUUCAGUGUCCCAGACAGAGUGCAGGGUUCACCAUCAGCAAAGGCAGUGUGGAAGAUAGCGCUUCACAAGAGUUCCUCCCCACUAACAGGCCUCUUGAACCUGACCAUUACGCCCCCGGCCGACACCCCCAUAGGGGAGUACUUGAUGUAUGUGACGCACAGGGAUGAGAAAAUGUUACUGGCAACGCCGGUGGUGCUCUUCAACCCCUGGUGUCCUGAUGACUGGGUGUUUCUGUCUGAUGGGGAGCAGAGGCAGGAGUAUGUAAUGAAUGAACAAGGAAUCAUCUACCGAGGAAGUGGCAGCUACAUUUCCCCUAUGAACUGGGACUACGGACAGUUUGAACACAACAUGGUGGACAUUUGUUUGAAGAUGUUGGACAUGAACAACAAACACUUGAAUGGCCCAGCUGACGAUGUUUCUGCGCGCUGUAACCCCAUCUACGUCAGCCGUGUGGUCAGUGCCAUGGUCAACUGUAAUGACGACCGUGGUGUCCUGCUGGGACGCUGGGACGGUUCAUUUUGCGACGGGGUCCCACCCUUUCAGUGGAAUGGCAGUCAUGCCAUUCUUAAGCAGUGGAUAAAUACUGACUGCAGCCCGGUCAAGUACGGGCAGUGCUGGGUGUUCGCCGGUGUGAUGUGCUCAGUAAUGCGCCUGCUGGGCAUCCCCUGCCGUGUGGUCACCAACUUCGAGUCAGCCCACGACAACAACAGCAAUCUGGUCAUCGACAUGUACUACGCCGACUACGGAGUGAGAGAGAAAGAAUCCCCUGACAGUAUUUG